AAACAGAAGACGGAGUUGAUAUCCAAGGAGCUGUUUGCGUAAUCCCCCAAUUCACAGGCGGUGGAUAACAUCAACGCAGAGGUUUCCAGUCCCCGGAGCUUGUGAGGUUGUGAAAUCGUUGGAAAUGUCCGCUAUCCACAACCGGAGCCAUACGAGCGCACGUCGCAGUGACUAUGUGUGGCAGUAUGAAUAUUACGACGACGAGGAGCCCGUGUCUUUUGAAGGACUUAAAGCGCACAGAUACUCCAUCGUCAUUGGCUUCUGGGUCGGACUUGCUGUGUUUGUCAUUUUCAUGUUCUUUGUUCUGACGCUGCUCACGAAAACAGGAGCACCACAUCAAGAAAACCCCGACUCUGCUGAAAAGCGCCAUCGACCAGGGAGCUGUAUUGUAGACAUUGACGGCCCCCAGGAUGAAAAUGACAAAGCCUUUUCUCGUCCGUUAUUAUCGGAAACCCGCUCUUACUUUCACUUCUACAUCAAUGAGGAGGAUCAGGGCCAAAAAAAGCAGAAAUCACAGGAAAAGUCAGUCGGUAAGCAACACGAGUCCUCGAACCUGCACAGAGCAAUUAACUCCUCGAGGAUCGAUGACAUGGAAGAGGAUGUUGAGGAAGCUGAGAGACACCAGCCUCUGGAGGGACUACUAGAGGACAGUAAAAGCGACAGAGAAGGGGCUUUCUUUUCCCAUUUCAACAUCCCUAAUUUUGUGAACUUGGAGCACAGUUCGAACCUCGGCGAGGAUGAUCUGCUGUAUGAGCCGUCUGUCAUACUGGAGCGCCAGUCUCACUCUCAGGAUGCUCACCGUGAAAUCCACUAA